GUCUAUAUAAGAUGUUUGUAGAAGCAGGUAAGUGAGUCUACCAAAGUCUUUCGAUACCAAUUACCUCCAUGAUCAGCAAGCUUUAAGCUCUCUCUCUCUCUCUCUACUCCAUUCAUUCUCAUCAACUUCAACACACCAAACCAUCAGAACUGUACAAGUUUGCAUCUCUGGAGCUAGUCUAGAAAUGGCAGAAAGAUCUGAAUUUAUCGGAGAGAAAGCAGAGAAAGAGGAAAAAGUAUAUGUCAAUAUCAAGACCAAGGAUAUAGAUAUAGAAUCAGAUGAGAAGAGUGAGAUUGAAGCUGAAUUGAAGACUAAGUCAGUGGAGAAAGUCAAGCCAAAAUAUAAGAAAGAAAAAGAGGAUAAACAUGAAAAUGAUGAUGAGGAGAAGCCAAAGAAGAAAGAACAAGAUGAAAAGGAGAAGCCAAAGAAGAAAGAGAAAGAGGAAAAGGGAAAAGAGAAAGUGAAGAAAAAAAAGAAAGAUGACAAAGAGACCACUGAAGAUCUGAAAGAAAAAAAAGACGACAAAGGGAAGGAGAAAGAUGAGAAGGAAAAGAAAAAAGAUGAUACGAAUGCUGAAGACGAUGAAGAAGAAGAGACAAAGAAAAAGAAGAAAGACAAGAAAGGGAAGAAGGAAAAUGAUGAAAAAUCAGUAGAAAACAAAGAUGAAGAGGAAAAUAAACAAUUGAAGAAAAAAGAAGAAAAGGAUGAUGAGAAAGAAGACAAGAAGAAGGUGAAGAAUAAAGACACAAAAAAGAAGGACAAGGAUGGAGAGGGUAAGGGAAAAGAAAGUACUGGUGAGAAAGAAAAGAAGAAGAAAGAUAAGAAAGAAGAGGAGGGGCAUGGGGAAGUAGUGAAUGAGGAGAGAAAAGAAGAUGGUGAAGAAAAGAAAAAAGACGGUAAGAAAAAGGACAGCAAGCACGUAACGAAUGAGGCAAAGGGAACACAUGAUGAAAGCAAAGAGAAAGUGGAUAAGAAGAGUAAAGAUAAAAAAGAAAAGAAGAAAAGUGAUGGAGUGAAAGAGGAGAAAAAUGAUGAGCAUGAUCAAAAAGAAGGGAAGACGGGAAAGAAGAAAGAUGAGGAGAAGAAGAAAAAGAAAGAAGAAAAUGAACAAGAUGUUGUAGUUACCUCUAGGGAUGUUGAUAUAGAAGUAAGUGCCAAAGCGUCGGAGACUAAAGAUGGUGAUAAAAAUGAGAAAACACACAAAGAAGAUAAGGACAAGGAAGCUGGGAAAGAAGGAAAGAAGAAGAAGAAAGAAAAGAAAGGAAAGGAAGAUGAGAAAGAAGAAAAGAACAAGAAAGAAAAGAAAGGAAAGGAAGGAAAGGAAGAGAAGAAAAAACAGAAAGAUGAAGUGGAGGGGAAGCCUGUAAGUGAUGUUAAGUCUCGGGAUGUUGAAAUAAAUGAAGAUGUGGAACAAUCUAAGGACGAGUCGAGUAAAAGUAAGAAGGACGGCAAAGAAAAGAAAGAAAAGGAGAACGGCGAUAAGAAAAGAAAACUUGAUGGGAAGGGCAAAGCAAAGGAUGCUGGCAAGCUAAACAGUAAGUUAGAGAAGAUUAAUGAGAAAAUAGAAGCUCUCCUUGAACAGAAGGCUGGCAUACUGACACAGAUGAAGGAAGCUGAACCUGCAAAUCCUGAUCUUGUUGAGAAAUCCUGAAAUGUAGAAGUGGAUACAACUGGUCUUAGUUGGCUUUGUAGUGAGGCCAAAUCCAAGUGGGAAGAGUGGAUCAUAAUGAUAAUCUCCGAUGUUCAUGGGGAGUUGAUCAACAGUCUUGAACCAUGUCCGGGAAAGCUUUCCGGUGAAACCAUAAUCGCCGAAUAAGACAUCAGCAACACCUUGGCCUUCAGUUCCAGGGAGCCAAGCAGCAACAAGAGCAUCUAUGGAUGAAACAUAGGGUUGAAUAACAACAGGGCGCCCAGAGAUAACAACAACAACACAUUUUAUAGCCCCACACACGUUUGUUAUGAUGCUUGGACCAGGUUGAGGAAUUGUCAAGUUCAAACUGUCACCAAAUGUCUCUGCAUAUGGAGUUUCUCCCACCACAACAAUGGCAUAAUUGAAUCCAUUUGAUUUGACAAAGCCGGUGUCUGGCUUUUCCUUGUACACAACUUUAGUUGUUGGAUCAACUGUCUUUUUUAUGGCAGUGAGGAUAGUGGUACCUGUUUUAAGUACAAAGGUUUUUGUUAAGCGUUAAUUGUUUUUGAUGAAUAAUAGCAUACUAAUUAAUCUU